AUGACCGGCCGAAACUUCAGAGCGGUGCUGAUGCAGGUGCCCGAGCGCGAGCUCAUGGCGGACAUUCUGCUCCGCGAGAGCGACGAGCCGUCACUUCCGGUGCACGUGAACAUCGGUAAGUUUCUGCGCGCGGAAAACGGCCGCUACGUGGACACGGAGGACCGAGAGGACGCAGCGAAGAGGAGGCAGAUAGCCAACGCCAAAGAGCGGCUGAGGGUGAAGAGCUUGAACAGCAUGUUCUCCUAUCUGAGGCGGAUAGUGCCGGUGAUGCCGCGUGACCGCAAGCCCAGUAAAGUGGACAUGCUGAGGGCUGCGACUGAGUACAUCCGCCUGCUGUCCUCCGUGCUCAGUGACACCUCAGGAAAAAGUAAUGCAGAUGCAAAUGAGCUGGUGGAGAACAUAAGCAGCUAUUCGCACUGUGAGGACAGAUGUGCUGAUCUCUGCAGUGUGGAGGAGGUGCUGGACUCUGUCUCUGGGCCGUCUUUAUCUGAGGGAGGGACUUUGGUGACCGCGUCUCCGGUCAGUACAGCGGCAGUAGAUGAAGCUGAGCUGAGCAGCAUGUCGGUGCAGUGUGUCGUUCCGGUCUACAUCGUUCAGGUCGGCUCUGAUCACACCUUGGUCUAUCAGGCGAGUUGAAGUGACUGCCGUUCCUUUUUCCACAGCGCUGAGCGAAUCCUUCCCUUAUCACAGUAUGAAUUUGAUUCUGAACGGAGAAGUGAAU